AGUGAUUGUGCAAAUUGUUUGGAUUCCAGCUGAUAAGCAUCUCGCACACCCAAUUAUAGACUUAAUGCGACCGCCGAUAAUUACACAAAGGCUAAUGCAAAAAUUAUUUUAAUUAUACGGCUAGAAUCGGCCUUAAAACUGGCCAGACCAGCAGCGAAUCUGCUGCUGCAACAGGAAUCCGGGAGCGUAAUGUCCGGCUUGGUGAAGAGCGAAUCGGAGGACUUUAUCGACUGGUGGCAGCACACGGUCUUCUAUCAGAUCUACCCUAGGUCCUUCAAAGACAGCAACGGCGAUGGCAUCGGUGAUCUGCGAGGUAUCACCUCCCAGUUGCAGUAUCUGGCCGAUACUGGCAUUUCCGCCACCUGGCUGAGCCCAAUUUUCCAGUCGCCCAUGGUCGACUUUGGCUACGACAUUUCGGACUACAAGGCGAUCCAACCGGAGUACGGCACCAUGCAGGACUUCGAGGAGCUCAUCGACACCGCCUAUAAUUUGGGCAUUAAGGUGGUGCUGGACUUUGUUCCAAACCACAGCUCGGACAAGCACGAGUGGUUCCUGAAGUCCGCUGCCAAGGAGCCGGGUUACGAGGACUUCUAUGUGUGGCACGACGGACUCCUGCAGGAUAACGGAACUCGAUCUCCGCCGAACAACUGGCAGUCCGUGUUCUACGGAUCCGCCUGGGAGUGGCACGAGGGGCGACAGCAAUACUAUCUGCAUCAGUUCACCAAAGAGCAACCGGAUCUGAACUUCCGGAACCCGAAAGUGGUUCAGGCCAUGGACAACGUGCUGCUCUUCUGGCUCAACAAGGGGGUAGCUGGCUUUCGCAUUGACGCCGUGAAUCACUUGUUUGAGGACGACACUCUGCAGGACGAGCCACUGAGUGCCAAGACUCAGGAUCCAUUGUCGUACGACUACACCAGACACAUUUACACCAAGGAUCUGCCCGAGGUGCUGCAAAUGGUUCAACACUGGCGGAAACUGUUGGAUGACUUUAGUGCCAAACACCCGAAGGGGCCGACACGCAUCAUGAUGACGGAGGCCUACGCCGGACUCACCCAGCUGGCGGACUACUACGAGGACGUGAGCGGGACGAAGGGCUCCCAUCUGCCCUUCAACUUUCACUUCAUCACGGAUGUCAAAGGGGACUCGGAUGCGCGUGACUAUGUUUACAAUGUGGAGAAGUGGCUGAUCUACAUGCCGCGCGGGCAUGCGGCCAACUGGGUCAUGGGCAACCACGACAAUCCCCGCGUGGCCUCCCGCUUUGGUCCCGCCAGCGUGGACGCCAUGAACAUGCUCCUCCUCACCCUGCCCGGCGUGGCUGUCACCUAUAAUGGCGAGGAGCUGGGCAUGCAGGACUACCGCGAAAUUAGCUGGGAGGAUACUGUGGAUCCGCCUGCCAAAAAUGUUGGAGAAGAGCUAUACAAGGAGGUCUCCAGGGAUCCAGAGCGAACGCCGUUUCAGUGGAAUAAUAAAAAAAAUGCAGGAUUCUCCGAUUCCUCAAAGACCUGGCUUCCAGUUCAUCCCAAUUACCUAGAACUGAACUUGGAGGCCCAAAAGGCGGCCAACAAAAGCCAUUAUAAGGUCUACACCGAUUUAAUUGAACUGAGGAAGUCGGCAAUUAUGCGACUGGGACGAUUUGACAUCGAACCCCUAUCACGUUGGGUGUUUGCCUUUAAGCGAGAAUAUCCCAAUUUUGAGUCGAUAAUAACCAUUAUAAAUGUAAGUGACGAGGAGCAGCUGGUGGAUCUCUCGGAGUUCCUGAGCCAGCCCAAGAAGUUGGUUGUGGAAAUAUGCGGAGUGGACUCCAACUACAAAUAUGGCGACAUCAUUCUGGGAGACGGCGGCGGGCAACUUAAUCUGGCCCCCCGCGGGGGAAUUGUGCUGAGCGAGCGGAGCGGCAGGAUAAUGAGCGAACGGAGACGCACUCUGGUUAAGCAGCUCGUGAAGUCUGGAAAUGUGGUUUUGGUUGCCUUGCUGGUCUACAAUUUGUGGCGCCACAAAUGGACCAAAGUGAGCUUCAAUCAGCAACGUUUUUGAUUGAUUUUCUCCUGUUCGGUGUGUGUGUGUGUUGUGUUUGGCCUGGGCUGUGCUUGCUGAUUGAUUGAUUGAUUAAUUAAUUAAUAAAACGUACAUC